AGACACGUGCUUCCUGUUGCUGCUGCUUCACGUGUUGUUGCUCGUCGAAGCUCCGCGUCGCUCAGAAAACACACGAACAAACAACAACAACAACGAGAUGCCGAAGACGAAGCAGUCGAGUCGGAGGAAGAAGUUCGACUACAACGUGGACCGGAAGAAGCUGAAGAAGAAGUUCAUCAAGAAGAACAACCCGACGAUCGACGAUCGACAGAUCAGAAAUGCGUGGAACAACAGGAGGUCGGUGGCGAGGAACCUGUCAGACAUGGGUCUGGCCUUCGACCCCAACCGCACGCUGCCCAUAAAGAAACCCAGCCUGCUGGUUGGAGGCAGAGAGACGAAAGCUCCCGUCCACAUCGUCACCAAACCAUACGUCCUCGACCAACUGGAGGAGGAGGCGAGUCGUCCAGAGAAAGACUCCAAGACGUUGUCGUCCGACCUGAUCGAGUACGUUCAGUACAUGAUCCGACAACACAAAGACAACUACAAGGCGAUGGCUCGAGACGAGAAGAACUACUACCAGGACACACCCAAACAGAUCAAGAGGAAGAUCAACGACUACAAGCGCUGCCACCCGCAGCACCACGACGCCUUCCUCGACUCGCUCGCUGCUCCACCACCGACGGUCCAGUAGAGGGAGCUGUCGAGAGACCCGGACCGGAGAUUCUCUCCGAGUGCAGAACAUUCAGACUGUGACAGAAUAUUCACAGAAGACGACGGAAGAAGAAAAAAACUAACCUGCCGCGAUACAACGGACGUUCCUGUCUCAUUCCUGUCCUCAUCGUUUUUUUGUUUCCUGUCUCUGUAACAGGAAUCUGGUCCUGACUGUUCUGUGUUAUGAAUAUCAAACGCCUCUGAGAUGUAUAGUUAAUGUAUCGUCAUCAGAUUCUCGCCAGGACGGUCGUCAGCUCUUCGUAGAGGAAGAAGAGAAGGAGGAGGAGGAGGAAGAAGACGAGGAGGAAGAGGAGGAGGUUCACUCUCCGUGUCAGUUUGACCCAGUUCGUGUCGAUGAACUCUCAACAUCCUUUAUUAGUUCAGAAGAAACUUUUAUAUCCAUAUUAAACAUGUUGUUACAGAAUGAAAA